AUGGCACCCGCUCCCGAACGGCUUCUACGGCUGUCGAUCGCACAUUUCAAAAAGCCUAAUGUCACCGAUGAAGAUUUUCACCGCUGGGCCACCGAAGAACACUGUGUUCGGGCAGCCGCGAUACAUGCUAAACAUGGCGUCCAAACCUUCGACAUGCUGUUCAGCCUGAAGCCCGCGCGGGAUCAGGUCCAGAAACUCAAUGAACGCCUGGGAGGAAAAUGGGUUGUCGACAACCACGACGUCGUCGUCGAGUUUUAUGUUCGAGAUAUAGAGGCCGUGGAGGGCAUCAUCAACGACCCCGACUUCCAGAAACUGCAGUCUGAAGAAGCUCCCUGGAUAGAUGCGGAGCGCGAUCCUAUCGGGGCAAGCCUGGGCUGGGUUGAGGUUUAUGUAGAGCAAGGCAAGGCUGUGAACGUCACGAAGGAUGACAAGCCUGCCUAUGAAAAGCUGGACUUAGGCGGAGAUGCCUGA